AUGUCGCACGCCGUGAAGGAGUUGACACUUGGAUAUUUUGAGUUUUUGUACCCAGGUAGGGCAUUACAUGAGAAAGAGAAAAGAAGCAAGGGAGGACUCACAAGGCUCCAGUUUUUCCUCAUGGUCUUUAUCUCAACCUUCUCCUACUACCUCAUCCCCAGCUACUUCUUUCCCUCCAUGUCGUCCCUCUCAUUCGUUUGCUGGAUUUGGAAGGACUCCAUCACUGCCCAGCAGCUCGGCUCCGGCCUCCAUGGCAUGGGCCUUGGCUCCUUCGGCUUUGACUGGUCCACUAUCGCUGGCUUCCUUGGCAGCCCUUUAGCCUACCCCGCUUUUGCCAUCGUCAAUGUCAUGGUCGGCUUCUUCCUGACUGUCUAUGUGAUGAUCCCUGUUGCUUACUGGUCUAAUGCCUAUGAGGCCAAGAGAUUUCCUUCUGCCAAGACUUUUGAUUUCACUGGGCAUACUUAUAACAUAACAAGAGUUUUGAAUCAAGAGACUUUUGAUCUUCAUGAAGCUGCGUAUAAUGGGUAUAGCAAGCUGUAUCUCAGUGUCUUCUUUGCCUUCACUUAUGGGUUGAGCUUUGCUACUCUUGCUGCUGCUAUUUCACAUGUUGGACUCUUCCAUGGGAAAACAAUUAUGAGGAUGUGGAAAGGCACAGCAGUUGCAUUGCAGAAACAGAUGGGUGAUGUGCACACAAGAAUAAUGAAGAGGAACUAUGAAGAAGUUCCAAGCUGGUGGUUUUACACUAUCUUGGCUGUGACUUUGGCUCUUUCUCUCAUUACGUGUGAGGGUUUUGGUAGACAACUCCAACUCCCAUGGUGGGGAAUUUUACUUGCCUGUGCCAUGGCUUUGUUCUUCACCUUACCCAUUGGCAUAAUAACAGCCACAACAAAUCAGCAACCGGGUCUAAAUGUGAUCACAGAGUUGGUAAUCGGGUAUUUGUACCCAGGAAAGCCUCUUGCAAAUGUUGCUUUCAAGACCUAUGGUUAUAUAAGCAUGUCACAAGCAAUCAUGUUUCUUUCAGACUUCAAAUUAGGCCACUACAUGAAGAUCCCUCCCAAAUCCAUGUUUGUGGUUCAGCUAGUCGGAACAGUGGUGGCUUCCUCCGUGUACUUCAGCACAGCCUGGUGGCUUCUCACAACAAUUGAUCACAUCUGUGAUCAAUCAAUGCUGCCAGCUGGGAGUCCCUGGACUUGCCCUGGCGAUGAAGUCUUCUACAAUGCCUCCAUAAUAUGGGGAGUCAUGGGCCCACUCCGAAUGUUCACACAACAAGGCAUCUAUCCAGAGAUGAACUGGUUCUUCAUCGUGGGUUUCCUCACCCCAUUCCCGGUAUGGAUCCUAUCCAGAAAAUUCCCCGAAGAAUGGAUCCAGUUGAUCAACAUGCCCAUCAUCUUUGGGGCUACAAUGUCAAUGCCACCAGCUAGGGCUGUGAAUUACAUCACUUGGGCAACUGUGGGACUCUUCUUCAAUGUCUAUAUCUAUAGGAAGUACAAGGAAUGGUGGGCUAGGCACACCUAUAUCUUGUCAGCUGCUCUUGAUGCUGGGGUUGCAUUCAUGGGAGUGAUCCUCUACUUUGCCCUUCAAUCCAAGGACAUUCUUGGUCCUUCUUGGUGGGGUCUGGAAAUGGAUGACCACUGUCCUCUCGCCAAGUGCCCUACAGCACCGGGGAUACAGGUUAAAGGUUGUCCUGUUCUUUGAUUUGCUAAAAGGCCAUUGAGGUUGGAAUCUUGAGAAACGUGAUUUCAAGAAUGAUAUUAAAAGUGCAUUGGGACAGAAUGACAUAAAAAUUUGAGAACAAAUAAUUUUGUACCUGCUACAAAAGUAACCUUUUACUUUUGUGGGGGCAAACUAUAUCUUGUAAAUUAUGUAGUGAAAUUUACUAUAGUUGAUGAUGCUCACAAAUAUUAUAAUUAUGAUGAAAGAGUGGAGAGAAGAGGAUAUGCUGUAAAGUACUCACUUUAGUUCAGAAAAUGAUGUCAACUUUGAAUAGGGAUAUAAAACGCUCAUUUUGAAUGUAGUAUAUAUGUUGAAUUUUAAAAA